GCUAACAUUACCAACGUGAGCAAGGCCUCUCCCAAGGUCAUGGGGUUUUGCACGAGAGGGAAUCUAAUCUAGAGAGAGGAGAAAAGCAUAACGUGCGGGUAUGACUCCGACGACCCGGCUCCGGAACUUAUUGGAUGGACCCAGAUACGCACGCACGUAAAGCCCAAACUAGAAGUUAAAUAAUAUAGAUAGAGGGACAAGAGGAUAGGUUUAUCGAAAAUUAGGGUUUAGGGAAAAUGUUUAAUUUGCGACGAUGUAUUGCAUCAGGUUCUCUCCAUCAUGUCUGGAAGAGAGAGAUGAGAAUAGUGGUGGCUCCGUUUUCUUCUUCUUCUUCUGCUGACAGGCAGAUCAUUACUUCUUCUUGUUCUGCUGAGAAUGCAAAGAGUUGUAUUUUCGGGAAGCUGCAGUUUCUUUUCACUGAGACCUUAGAUUACAUCACAAGGGAGGAAGAGAAGAAGGGUGUUACCAAGGACGAUAUCGUCGAGUUGGCAAAACAGCUUAACAAAGACGGCAAAUCUGAAUAUGCCUUGGAGAUCUUUGAGUGGAUGGAUAAAAAGAAGAUGGAAUUUUCUCCUUCGGAGCUUGCCUUUUUUGUUGAUCUCAUUGCUAAGACUAAAAGCCUAGCUGCUGCUAAAGAAUACUUCAAUCAAGUAGAACCAGACUUUGACCGAACCAACACUCGUGCCAAGAAUUGGCCUGCUUUCGCUAGUAUCAUGCUGAUGGAGGAUUAGUUUGUGUGUUUUGCUCCGAAUAAGCUUAGUUUGUGUGUUUUGCUCUGAAUAAGCUUCUCAAUCGUGUAGACUAUCCAUCACGGCUUUUGUGGCAGUUUACUUAACAAUGCUUUUGUGUCUGAUCAAAUAGAAUGCAUCAUGAGUUUAUUUAACAUUAAGUAUGGCUUAAUUUUGAACUCGACUGGUUGAGA